AACAUGCGAACCGUAGUACUGCCAAUGGCGGCAACAAAGGAUCCUGUUUAGACAUUUCGGGCACGGUUUUUGCGUGGUAGAAGGACUGCUGGACUCGACGACGACGACGACGACAUGGGGCUGCUGGCCGUGUGUCCCUGAUAGUCUUGCCAAUGUUUUGGUCUCAUGUAGGGCGACAGGUACAUGGGUCUCUGUAUUGCAGAUGCCAUCAUCGUUGGUUCUGGGCGUUGUCUACGUGGGAGGUAGCUUGGCGGAGACGGUCGCGUCGUGUGGCUCUUAUUAUUAUGAUUGCGACUCUGUCGUGAUUUUCGUCGUCUCGAAGAGAGUCGGGGAGACGGUGCGGACCGGAUCCACGUUGCGGGAUGUACCAGUUCGCCGGAUGGCAAGGGGGCAAAGUGCUCUUCUUCGGUCGCCAAUCUCCAGUCCAUGCCAUCGACGGCAAACUCGAAUAAGUUUCGCUUGAGGUCUUGUUGCUGAUCGUCCCAGUUGGACCAGAGGGCGCCUCGAGUAUCUUCCGGAUAGUCUCUGUGAGAGGGAAUCUCCAGGACACGUACUUGCAGGGAAAAGGAGACGCGAGAGCUGUCGCUGCCAAAGCUGCUAAUGGACGAGCAGCUGAGACUGUCCAGUUCGUCGUUCAGGUCGGAUGAAGAGGACGCCGCGGUGAUGGCGCUCGUUCUCCGCCCCUUCGAUUCGACUCGAUGGAUUGAACAGGAUUCGGUCGUUGUUAUCGACCGGGUUGGGAACGCUGCUUCGUGGAGUGGAUUGAACAGAUCCAGGGGCGACAUGCGAAACGUCGUUGCGUCGUCCUUUUUGUUGGAGCUAUCAAACAAAUUCUUGAGGGAUUGCAACCAAUUCUUUCUCAUCAUGGUUGUUUCUUCUGUCAGCUCUUGCGAUGGAUUUGCCUCCUUGUUGCUUUGCUUGUGGGUGAGUGAGUGUUCGGCUAUAUCAUCAGAGUUCGAAGCAGGAGGAUAAUUGUAGUUGCACUGUGGGGUGACAUCCCAGCCCCCAAUAGCAUCCUCGUUUCGCCAACCUUCAAGAAUAAAAGUGAAAAACUUGCAUUCGUCAGCGCAACUUCUCAGCCUUACCGGAUCUUUUGGACAUUUAAUGACAAUUUGUACCGAAAACUUUUCAUGGUACGUGCGACACAAUGCGGAUAAGUAAUUUAUCAAGUUGGUCACCUCCUCUCAUAAGUAUGAAAAACAAUGCCUGACUGAGACGAACGUCAGAAUUCCUUUCAAAACGUCAUCCACAUGCGCUCACAAAUUCCAAUUUUCUCCUUUCACGGAACUCUCUUUUUGGCGGAUUCCUUACAAGUAACAUAUCAUGGUCCAUGCAUCCUUACAAGUAACAUUGUACCACCACAUGUUCCGGGUACGGCAUAAUUGGAUGGUUGUACAGAUCCACUGGCAGAACUGGCGAUGUAUUUUCAGCUAUCUCAAGGUCUCAUCAGCGACAUUUUAAAUUCCUAUUGUUGAACAGGACAUCUGUGAGUAGUCCGUAGUCCACUUGCUGCAUGUGAGUCGACUCCUCCAAGACAUCGCAUCAUCCCAUGAUGCAUGUCAGAUGAACGAGUGAGCUCGCAGAGACAAGGACAAAGACAUCACACGAUGACUCUAAACUUGGAGGGAGCCAAGGUACGGUACCUUGCAUCGUUCCAGCAGCAGAGGUGCACCAUCGAACCGUACCAUAGCCGGCAACUCCAUCCAACGGUGGCUGCUGGAUGCAAGCCACAAACGAACCAAUAACAAUGGGGGUUCAGAGUAGGUAGAUUAUCUACAGAAACCAGCCAGGGCCAGACUUAUUAAGCAAAGAUGAGUCCAAAUUCAGGACUAGGUUCCAUGGGAUCAAGGGCAAGAAAUUGAGGGCCAUAACAGGGCCAAAUGGUUUGGCUUUGCGGGAUCCAGGGAGACAUCAAUGGGUAGCUUCAAACAAAUGAUUCAAUCUGAUCUUAUCGGUGCCACCUACAGUUGGGCAGCCAUCUUUGGCUUUUGCGCGUCCAACAGCGCAGAAACAUGCAGGGAUUGCUACUAUGCACACCGACUGGACUUGUUGCCUCUGAGCACUACAUACCGUACGGUACCGGCGUCUUCUAUGGAGCGGAGGCUGGUGCAACCCCUUAUCGAAUGAAAGUCGUGGAUGGUAGAACGACGGUAACCAGCACAUGGAGUAAUAUGAAAAUUUCAAACGGGGAGAGGCUCUUUGUCUGCGGAUGCACUCGUCUAGCUAGAGCAUGAGAUCUGAUACCACGUAGUACGCCUUCUACGAGCCAAGAAAUUUUCGAAUAUUAUGGCAUUCCAAGCUUUCUUUCCAACUGCGAUGUGAACAAUCUGCCAUACCAGUUUCCGCACUCGUCUCAUUGGGCUCAACAUUGGUAUAUGAUACCAUGGAGGAUGAAGAGAGCUCGGCCGCUGCUACUGCGGAGGUCACGACGGGAUCAGACUCUGUAGUUGGAGUGCCUGAAAACAAUCCAAACGAGAAGCAGCAAGAAAACGGCAAAGGCGAGGCAAGCAAUGACAUGUCGUUUUACGAUGCUCUGAGAGCCGCGAGCAAAGACUAUCGUCGUCUUUGCAAAGAGAAAGAACUCCAUGAGAGUUCACGAGCAAUGGAAGCCGCAGCUGAUGCCCGGCGCAAGUACUUUGAGACUCAUGAACGUGCUCAAAACGGACAGCCAGUGACGCCCAGCUUCGGUCCCUAUAAGAAACAUUACAGGAAAUACCUCGAGAAGCACCUGACCCAGUACAGGAACGGACGUUUUUGCGAUAUCGGAAGUGCUCCGGGAGGGUUGCCUGCGUUUCUUUGCGACCGCCUGGGCAUGACGGGGGUUGCAUUUUCUCUGCCAGAAGAGGAUGGCGGUUUUCGAAUGAAGUUUCACUCGACGACUUGUCACUUCUCGGAUGAGUGUGACAUGAGUGUUCCGGGUGCUUGGAAGUCACAGCUUUAUGAUGUUCUCAAAGGCGAAACGUUUGAUUUCAUAAAUUUGGGCAUCACAUUGCAAUGGCGGAAACCUGUACAGAAAGUAGAAGACGAGUCGGAGAUGGAGGAUCAAUCAGCCGAAGAGAAGACGGCGGAAGACACGAGGUCGGAACAGCGUGACCAUCGGCUGGCUAUGCAAGAGAUCAUCAAAAACGAGCUGUUUUUUGCCCUUCAAUCAAUCGACGACGGAGGCUCAGUCAUGGUAACGUUGCCAAACUCGGACCACCCCAACACCUUCUUGUACCUGCACUACUUGAUCAACUGCAUCGCCAGCGAGGGAAACCUCAUGGUCAUGCCAACCCCCAAGCUCAGCCGGAAGCCAGUGUAUGUGUUGGUGGAGAACAUCUCUACGUCAAGCCAAGGUGUGCAGGAUCUUGUCAACUUUCUCUUGUCGACCGACGUGACACCAGAGAACGACUCCAAGUGGUUGGUAGAGAGUUGGGAAGAAGCGCUGCCCGCCUUUGAAGCUUGUAGAACGUCUCUGGAGCAUGUUUGGAGACUCCAGCUCAAGCAACUGAAGAAAGAUCGGAAUGAAGCGGAGAACAAGUAUGGAGGAGCUCCUGUUGAAAACUAA